AUUCACUAUUCGAUCUUGUUCUCCCUUCCCCUUUUAUCCAUUCUUCCCGCUAGGUUUUCACUCUAAUUUUCCCUCUUUCACCUCAAAUCUUAAUAACCGAUUAUUGCACUUAACUCGUUCCGUUUCUUCAAUUGGAAAAAUGCAGAAUCCGAAAGCAAACCAUCUUCCUGAAGUUGAUUCAUUGCCAGAUGGGUUUGUUGAGGGAGCUGCAGAGCCUGUUGCACCUGCAAUUCCAAUUCCCAAACUAGAUAAGCCACUUUGUGAUGAUUACAAGGACGAUGGUUUUAUUGAUUGCGGUCAUUCGACUAAGUUAUCGAAUGUUUCGGGAGAGAAGGAGUUUCAAAACGAUGACGGUACACAUAUUGCAUCUUCUCUAGCUAGUUCGGAUUCUGAGUCUCCACCAUCCGGAAGUUGUGAGGUUGAGGUAAAAGAGAAACAACAAGGAGAAUGUCAAAGUUCAGAUAAGUCCAAACAACCUUUGGAGACAAAAGCAUUACCUCUAAAGGAUGCAUGUGCUCCAGGGAUAGUUGAUUCUUCAAAAAACAAAAAAUCAGAAACCGGUGAAAAGCGUAAGGUUUCAAAGCGUACACUUAAAGCAGAAAAGGAGCUCUUAGAGCUUUCACUCAAGUAUCAACAAGUAUUGGCUGAAAGAGAUUCAGCUUUUGCUGUCAGAGAUAAGCUUGAAUCACUAUGCAGGGAGUUACAGCGUCAAAAUAAAAUGCUGAUGGAAGAAUGCAAACGUGUAUCAACUGAGGGGCAAAACCUGAGGCUGGACUUGUCAGCCAAGUUCCAAGAUGCAAUCAAGGAUAUGAGCAGCAGGCUUGAAGAACGAAAAGAUGAUUGUCUUUCUCAGCUAAAGGAGAACGACAUGUUAAGAAACAAUCUAAAGCAGCUUGCAGAGCAAUAUGAACUACUUGAGCAGCAACAUGCCCAAAAGUUGAAGCAAAAUUCAUUGGAACUACAGAUUGCUGAAUUAAAAAUUAAGCAACAUGAGGAAAAAUUGGCUCACGAACAGUCACAGAUGAAAAUAUAUGCAGAACAAGUAUCUCAGUUAUUGGCAACCGAGAAGAAUUUGCGUUUGCAGCUGACAACUGAUGGAGAGAAAUUCCAACAAUUCCAGGAAGCAUUGACAAAGAGCAAUGAUGUAUUUGAAACGUUUAAACAAGAGAUUGAGAAGAUGGCAAAAUCAAUGAAGGAACUCAAGAAGGAGAAUCAAUUUUUGAAGAGUAAAUCAGAAAAGUCGGAUGUUACGCUUAUAGAGUUAGUUGAUGAGCGCGAGCGCUUGAAGAAACAACUUGAGAAAACAAAAAAUCAGAAGGAAAAGCUGGAAUCGUUAUGCAGGUCACUUCAGGCAGAAAGGAAACAAAGUUUAUCUGAGAACAAAAGUAAUGAUAAUAACAACUCAGUUCCAACAUGAAGAAGAGCUGGUUCCUAACAACUUCUUGAAGAAAGGGAAUGUAUCUUUCUAUACCUUGUUUAUAUAUGGCAAAAUUGCAUGAUGAUGAUAUUCUUUUGGUUUGUCAAGAGAAAUUGCAUACGUUUACUUAAUUAUGACAUUCUUUUGCAAUACUAAUGCCAUUUAUCUACUUUGAAGAUUUUGUUUAAACAGGGUAGGGUUUAGUAGAACAUCUUUUAUUGCCUAUAUCCUUUUACUUUUCAUGAACUUUAUAACCUCCUCAGUUUGCACAAAAGCAAUGAGACGAGUCGUUUUGGUGUAAAUUUAGCUUGGGAGCUGCUCAAUGAUUGUCCAAAACAUGUAUAAAGUUUUUACCAAUUGUAUUAACAAAUCACUUAUUUAUUUUAACUUUUUAAGCUUUA